GCGUCUUCCGACCCCGGGCCGCGGGCCGUGCGCCGCGCGCCGGCAGCUGAAAGCGGCAUGCAGGACUACGACGAAGUGACCGCCUUCCUGGGCGAGUGGGGGCCCUUUCAGCGCCUCAUCUUCUUCCUGCUCAGCGCCAGCAUCAUCCCCAACGGCUUCAAUGGCCUGUCGUCUGUGUUCUUUACGGCGACCCCUGAACACCACUGCCGGGUGCCGGACACCGCGAACCUGAGCAGCGCGUGGCGCAACCACAGUGUCCCGGUGCGGCUGCAGGACGGCCGCGAGGUGCUUCAGAGCUGCCGCCGCUACCGACUCGCUACGAUCGUCAACUUCUCGGCGCUCGGGCUGGAGCCUGGGCGCGAUGUGGACCUGGAGCAGCUGGAGCAGGAGGGCUGUCUGGAUGGCUGGGAUUUCAGCCAGGACAUCUACCUGUCCACCAUCGUCACCGAGUGGAACCUGGUGUGUGAGGACGACUGGAAGGCCCCGCUCACAAUCUCCUUGUUUUUCGUGGGUGUGCUGAUGGGCUCCUUCAUUUCGGGGCAGCUCUCAGACAGGUUUGGUCGGAAGAACGUGCUGUUUGUGACGAUGGGCAUGCAGACAGGCUUCAGCUUCCUGCAGAUCUUCUCGAAGAACUUUGAGAUGUUUACCGUGCUGUUUUUCCUUGUAGGCAUGGGCCAGAUCUCCAACUAUGUGGCAGCAUUUGUCCUGGGAACAGAAAUUCUUGGCAAGUCAGUUCGUAUUAUAUUCUCUACGUUAGGCGUGUGCAUAUUUUAUGCGUUUGGCUACAUGCUGCUGCCCCUGUUUGCUUACUUCAUCAGAGACUGGCGGAUGCUGCUGCUGGCACUGACGGUGCCGGGGGUGCUGUGUGCGGUGCUGUGGUGGUUCAUCCCUGAGUCCCCCCGAUGGCUCAUCUCUCAGGGACGAUUUCAGGAGGCAGAGGUGAUCAUCCGCAGGGCUGCCAAAACCAAUGGGAUCACUGCACCUUCAACCAUCUUUGACUCCAGUGAGCUACAAGACCUAAGCUCCAAGAAGCAGCAGUCCCACAGCAUCCUGGAUCUGGUCCGAACUCGGAACAUCCGGAUGAUCACCGUCAUGUCCAUAAUUCUGUGGAUGACCAUAUCCGUGGGCUACUUCGGGCUCUCCCUUGACACCCCUAACUUGCAUGGGGAUGUCUAUUUGAACUGCUUCCUUUCGGCCGUGGUUGAAGUCCCAGCGUACGUGUUGGCCUGGCUGUUGCUGCGGCACCUGCCCCGACGAUACUCCAUGGCCACGGCCCUCUUCCUAGGUGGCAGCGUUCUUCUCUUUGUGCAGCUCGUGCCCCCAGAGCUGUAUUACUUGGCUACAGUCCUGGUGAUGGUGGGUAAGUUUGGAGUCACAGCUGCCUUUUCCAUGGUCUACGUGUACACGGCCGAGCUGUACCCCACCGUGGUCAGGAACAUGGGCGUGGGCGUCAGCUCCACAGCGUCCCGCCUGGGCAGCAUCCUGUCUCCCUACUUCAUUUACCUUGGUGCCUACGACCGCUUCCUGCCCUACAUUCUCAUGGGGAGUCUGACCAUCCUGACAGCCAUCCUCACCUUGUUCCUCCCAGAGACCUUUGGCAUUCCACUCCCAGACACCAUUGACCAGAUGCUAAGGGUCAAAGGAAUAAAAUACAGGCAAACUCCAAGCCACACAAGGAUGUUAAAGGAUGGUGAAGAAAGCCCCACAGUUCUUAAAAGCACAUCCUUCUAACACAACCUCCAGUGAGAAAGUGAAGAGGAAAGACUGUCUUGUCAGAAGUGGCUUGUGCAGACACUGGUCCUUCAGUGGCAAAGGUCUUUGCUAUUGAUUCUAUGGAUGCCAUGUCUGCCUUGCUCAUGGAUGGACACCCAAACUCAGCUGCUUAUGGUCCUAGACACUACCUUUCUCCAGGGACUCUGGCUACUGACAGACAACUUUGGAUAAAUCCUAACCAUUACAAUGAUGGACUUGGCACUUUCUAAGAAGUUAACCACUAACUGGAACCAGUAGGAUUUGGAAAAAUAGGAGAGGCAUUUGCUAAAUUUACGUUUUAAUUUCAGACUGCCUAAAAAAGGCCUCUGAUAGACCUGAGGGUCUAGUCCUCCCCUCCCCAACCCCCACCCC